UUUGAAAUAGCGAAGUUUGUACUAUUCUUCGAAAAUAUUUUAGUGAGAUGGAUCAGAGGCGUAUAAUCCUAGCCCCGGCCCCAAUUCUUUCAAAAAUGGUGGAAUAGCCAACAAACAUGAACCCUCGAAUGUCCUGAAUGAAACCCAGCACGACAUUCAUUAUCGAACGUCGAAAAUUUCAGCAUAAUUUCUUGUAUCGAUCAAACAGCACAAAUGGCAAGCUCCAUUUAACUAUAUCACCAACUGCAUCGCAGGACAUUUGAAUCCCGACAGUUCUUAGGAAACGUUCGCUCGAAGAAAACUGGCAAAAUGCAGAACCCCAAAGGAUCCAACCAUAAGGAUGAACUUGACAUGGAUAAUUUGGUCGAAUCUGAAUUGGCCAGACUGAAAAGACAGUACAGAAUCAUGGAAGGCGACAGAAAGGCUUUCUUCGAGGAGAUGAACACCAAGUUGGCCAAACAGAGGGCCAUCAUUCAGACCCUGAGAAACGAGAGAAAUCAGCUCCUUACAGAUCUGAAAGUAGCAACCAGUGCUUCCAAAAAAAGGACCACAAGAGCCCUUUCAGCUAAAAUAAAUAAGAUGCAUUGCAGUUACGAAACGUACGUGGAAAUUAUUGAGAAAGAAAAAAGUGAUUUGAAGGAGUUGAAUGCUCAGAUAAGGAAGAUAGAAAAAAAAAUCGAUCAGAUUAGAGGAAACGAAGUCACGGAAUCACAGUUCAGGACCAGGUUACAAUCGGGUAAAAAAAGCAUUGAACUGCUGGAAAACAAACUACAAACCUGCAUCAAGCGAUUCUGCUCUGUUCUGAGUGAAAAUAAAAGGCUGAGGGAAGAAAUUGAUCACCUCCUCAAAGAGCGAGCCAACUUCAAUGCUAUAUGGCAGGGUUUGUUAGGCAAAUUAUCAGAUGGAAAAAAAUUCAUAUUAUAUAUAAUCGAAGAAGCGACUUUGGCAUAUGACACGAGAGAAGAAUGGUGCGCAAAACUUCACGCUUUGAAAAUGAGAGCCAAAAACGACGAAAUUCUUCAUACCCAGGAUCUUCGAGAAAUGCAAAGAAUAAUGGACCACGAUGACAAACUCAAAGAAUUCCUCUCCGUCAAAGGCCAGAAGAGGAUCAUGAAAGAUCUUGAGAUCAAAGAGCAGCUUAGAAGGGAGGAAAUAAUGAGAAACGAGCAGAAACAAGUUGAAAUAUACGAAAUAACUCUGAAACAAAUACAGGAUUUCUGUCAAGAAAAAGACAUAGACCGAAUAGCUGCGAAAUAUUUGAAACAAGAUGAAGAGAAUUUUGCCCUAUUCAAUUACGUCAAUGAGCUUCAUCAUGAACUGGAAUGUCUGAAUAAGGAGUUGGAUGAACUUAAGUUGGAACUCGAAGAACAGAAGACUUCCUCUGAAAACGAUGCUAAGCAUAAACGGAGUAAUAUCGACAUGAUCGAUGACUCUCUGGAGAAAAUUAAAGUUCAGGCUGAAGAGGAAGAGGUGGGAUCCAAAGAAAGUGAAGAGAAACUUCAAAUAAUCAUGGAUGAGGUGCAUGAACUUUUCAAUAUACUGGACUGUGAUCAAGUGCCAAUACUAAAACUCAUUGGUGACAAUGCUACAAUCAAUUCCAAUAACAUCAUGAUCUACCUCAGCCUAAUCGAGAAGAGAGUCUCUGAACUUCUCACUUUGGCGUUUGUGACAGAUGCCUCCAUUUUCAAUGAUGACGAAGGAUUGUUUUUGGAGUUGGAGAAUAUAUCGUGACCAAAUGAAUAAAUAAUAAGAAAUGCAUUGCAAAUAAAUU